AUGGCUUCAUCAUCGUCGAACGUUGUUGGAGUGCAUUAUAGAGUGGGGAAGAAGAUCGGAGAGGGCUCCUUUGGCGUCAUCUUUGAGGGAAUGAACCUUCUCAAUAGCCAGCAAGUGGCUAUCAAGUUUGAACCCAGGAAAAGUGAUGCUCCUCAACUGCGAGAUGAAUACCGGACAUACAAGAUUCUCGUCGGUUGCCCUGGCAUCCCAAACGUGUACUACUUCGGCCAAGAAGGGUUGCACAACAUCCUGGUCAUUGACCUGCUUGGCCCCUCGCUCGAAGAUCUCUUUGACCAUUGCAAUCGGAGGUUCAGCUUGAAAACUGUUGUCAUGGUUGCAAAGCAGAUGUUGUCGCGUGUGCAAACCAUCCAUGAGAAAAACCUGAUCUACCGAGAUAUCAAGCCAGACAAUUUUCUCAUCGGGAGGCAGGGUACUAAGACUGCCAACGUUAUCCAUGUCGUUGAUUUUGGCAUGGCGAAGCAAUACCGAGAUCCCAAGACGAAACAGCACAUCCCCUACCGCGAGCGCAAGUCCCUCUCUGGAACCGCGCGCUAUAUGAGUAUCAACACACAUCUCGGCAGGGAGCAGUCAAGGCGAGAUGACCUGGAGGCAUUGGGCCACGUCUUCAUGUACUUCCUCCGGGGCGGUCUUCCUUGGCAAGGUCUUAAGGCUGCAACGAACAAGCAAAAGUACGAAAAGAUUGGCGAAAAAAAGCAGACGACCGAGAUCAAAGACCUGUGCGCAGGCUUCCCCGAGCAGUUUGCUCAUUACCUCACCUACGUGCGCAACCUCGGAUUUGAAGACACCCCCGACUACGACUACCUGCGGGACCUUUUCACACAGGCACUCAAGGAAGCGGGCCUUGUGGAAGAUGGCGAGUACGACUGGAUGAAGAAGCAGGACAAGAAGGGGGACUGGAACCGCCAGACUCUGCACGACCCAAACGCCCGGCCCGGGGCCUCGGCCAUGGAGAUCCACGGCAACUCGCGGGGGGCCACCACUCGUCACCAAAGCGAGCAGCCAGCCCCGGUUUUGACGCAGGGUCGUUUAAACGCGACGCACCCCCCGCUGCCGAGGCCGGUGAUGGGCCAGCCGCAGCAGAAGCAACAAGGGCGGCCAAACGGCCCCGGAUUGGCAAGCCCACGCCCGGCAGUUGGGGGUUACAUGCAAGCGGCUCCUACACCAACAGGCUCGAGCAGCGCCCAGAAUCUACCGCAGCGGCCAAUGACGCAUUCGCCCGCCCUCAACAGCCCGACCCAGCAGCAGAAUAACCCUCAGCCGCAACCGACGGGCUUCCAGAAGUUCAUGAAGACUCUAUGCUGCGGUUAG